AGCCCUCGCACAGAAACGAAGACCCAACACAGCCAUAAAUAAAUAAAUAAAUAAAUAAAUAAUUUAAAAAAAAAACAACAACACACAAUGUUACAGACAGCGGUGAACAGAGCUGUUUAAAGUAUUCUACAUGAUUUCCUAAAAUGUAUGAAGAAGUUAUUUCAAAAUAUUACUUUAAAUUAGAGCAUUGCCUACUUAUGACAAUGUCACCCAGCUACUACUGAGAAAGAACAUGGAGACGGUGCUAUAGUGCACAAACUCAUAGGCCCAGUUUCUGAAAAAGUGUCUCAGCCAAAAAGAUCUUUUAAUAUCCAAUCACAAGGAAACUAGUGGAGUUACUAUUACUAGGAAUAAGCUUUGAAAUCAUACCUAGAUUCUAAUCCUUACUCCUCCAUUUAUUCAUGGAUGUCACCUCACCUGUUUAUUUAGCUUCUCUGAACCUUAAUUUUCUUAUCUGUAAAAAUGGGUCAACAGUACCUAUACCUCAAGAGGUUGUUGUGAAGAUAAGGGCAUAUUAACCACGUGGUAACUGCUCAAUAAAUUUAUUAUUACGAGCAUUUCAAAGCCCCAUAAUAAUUACAAAAACUUUUAAGAAUGAAAUAAAGAAAAGCAAAUUCCAGGGCCACUCUCUCAGAAAAUCCAUGCUGGUUGUAGUAAUUAGCUCUAGGCAUGCCCUUUUUUCCCCAUUAUUAAACAGCAUGGUGUGGCAGAGAGAGCACUAUAUUAGCGCUGGCAAAUUUGGAUUCUAGACUCAACUGUGUCCUUAAAUCUGUGAGUGACCUUAGGCAUUCACUCAGCAUCUCUAGGCUGCAGCUUCUUCAUCUGAAAAUGAGAUUGUAUUACUGCCAGGUCAUUUCUAGCCCUAACAUCCUAAGAACCUAUUUUCUAAGAACCUAUUUACUCAGUCACUAAAGCAAUGCCACGUAUCAACCUGAUUAGGCUUUUCUGUAGAGUAACUAAAAUUCCCCUCUUUUUCAAACAAACCUAAAAGAUAGUCUUAUUUAUGAUUUAUAUCCUAUCUACUGCAAAAACAAUGAGAUAUUUAAUUUCAGACACCACAAAAAAGUACAAAGAAAACAGAAAAACACCCAUGUGCAACCAAACUCUGCAAAGAAGAUGGACACAGACUACUUAGCAGUACAGUAACCCACUGGAGUUCUAUAGAACUAGUCAACCGGGAAAUUUCCCCGGUGACAUUCUAAGCCCUGUGAGGACACAGAAAGAAGUCAGUCUGCAGUCUGUUAUCCAGAAGAGGAAAGAGGGCCCUCACCCAUCCAGGCUGGCACCCUGAUCUCAGACUUCCAGGCUUCAGAACUGUGAGCAAUAAAUUUCUGUUGCUGACAAGCUACCAAGUCUACAGUAUUUUGUUAUAGCAGCCCAAACAGACCAAGACACCAAGUAACCCUGAUUAACACUGCUGAACCUGUUUCUCAUUUCACAAUAAAAAAGACUGAGCAAGACUGAACUUGGUGCAAAUUGGAACUGAAAAUAAGUACAUUCGAUCACAGAAAAUGUUUGUUCUAGCACACACAACCCUUGUCUACAUUUUCAUUCAUUUCAGGGACUCUAAACGACCAUCACUUAGCCAUUUUACUUGCAUCUGUAGAGAACUGCACUUAAGUGAAUUAUACUUAAUUACACUUACAUGAGUUCUACUUAAUCAUUUCUCUGGAAACCUAUAUUAAAAAUUUUCAGAGAGAUCCAAGGUCAACACUGAAUCCCAAGUUCUGACUCGAGAUAGCUGGAUAUAAGCAUUAACUAGCAGCCUGCCAGUGAAAGUGAAUGACUCUUUGUGCCAAAGCAUCUUCCUCUACCUGCUGCUCAAAGCACCACUGAAACUAUUUCAAAAAAAAAAGAAAGAAAGAAGAAAAAAGACAAAACUAGCCUUCUUUCCAGAGAAUGACAGAUAUUCAUCCUAGACACACACAUUUUAAAAGUCGUUCAUUCAUUUUAAAAGUCAUUCAUUCUAGCGCUCUACCUCUAGAUUCCUUCAAGAGCUCCCCCGGUAUCUAGUUUAAAAACACACCCACCACCAAUUUCAGCUAUGGGUUAACAACAGAAGAAAACAUGCUAGCCCUACAGUCCAUUUCCUCAGUAUAAAAAACCUGCAAACUUUAUGGUUUCCCCUUUGUAAAUUCCAACCUAAGUGCUAUUUCCAAUUUUUUCCCUGCUUCUUCCAAGCAUAGUUAGUUCUCUGCUCUGAUGCUGGUAAAUUAUGGACCUGAAUGAGCUGGAACAUGCAAUCCAACGGUGCCAUAUUAACUCUGGACCUCAAUUUAGAAAAUCCAUUCUUUUCCAAACAGACAUCCUACAGAAGACGGGUUGUUGUUGCUGCUAUUGUUGUUUUAACAUUAACUGGCGUUUUGCAGAAGCAGCUGAUAGAGUCAGUAACACCAAGAUAGGUUUCUAAUUAAAAAAAGAAAAACUGACCACAAUGUAGGGACCAUAAGGUAGGGACAACCACUUUCCUAUACAUUCUUACAUCUCCAAUUUCUAGCAGUGUCACAGAGCAAAGGAUUAAAACUGCAAAUUGGCAAAUACCAGGAAGAGAAAAGACAGUCCUUCUACAUAAGAGGCAAUGCCUACUCACUCAAGAAUGACCACCAUUCCAGACCACUGCUACCAAGGACGAUGGUCCCUUGAUGGUCUCAGAGUUAGGAGGGAGGGCCAAAAAAUAAAAUGGCUGGAUAAAAGCAAACUUCAUGAUAAGGUUUGGGGAAAGAGGCACUUUUAGGAGUUAGUAAGCUAACUAGUUUAUGUGGCCCAAAGGACUUGGUCUAAGCAAAGCUAAGCUUCCUUAUUUAAAGGGCAAACUUCAACGGCUUCACACAAGUAGAAGAAAUACCAGUCAAUAAAACAAGCAAAUCCGAACUAUGUGCUCACAGACAUAGUUCCCAAAAACAUUUCCCCAAACUCGCUUUUUGCCUCUAGAGAGAAAAUUGUAGCCAAAGCCUCUGAAGAAACUAAACUCCUAGAGCACUUUUACAAUGUCUACUUACCCAAGAAAUGCUAGAAUAUAGAACUUUAAACAGAAAUCAAGUUCACUCAUUUGACAUUCCUACAAAAUCAGUACCUGAACGCAUGCCAUCACUUAAGCAGCCCCUAAAUAGACAAAGAGUUUUGAAGACUGAACUUGAAACCACAGAAAGCCUGUCUACUCGCUAUGGUCAAAACGGCACGUGACACCUAAGAAGUUAUAACAAAUGCUCAGGUGUCUGAACAGACUAAUUCCUGACACAGGAGCACAGAGAGUGAGUUACACCAAGCAACCUAAAUAAGGCAAACGAUUUUAACAUAAUAAAAAUUCUAAACGUGUCACCAACUAAGGAGAAGAGUCCAAAUCCCACUUUAAAAAAGGGCACACAGAUCAGCGUAGUCUCCUACACACUUUAAUGUUAAGUGAGGAACUCUAACUUUGGGACACUGUGAACUUCACAAGCUUACAAAAUGCUAAAGGUGAAAAAGAUCUAUAGAUAGCCAACAGUUUCUGCCCCAUCGCAAGACUGCAAUGCAUCCUGGGAUUCCUUCAGGACGGUUCGGUGCCGUAGAUAUGUUAAAAGUAAUUACAGUUUCAGUAAUAGAAAUUGCAGCGAGAGACGCUCUCUCGCCUAGGCCCAAGGUGAAGGGAAAACUCGACCAGUCGUCCUCCCCAACUCCUCAUCUCUCUCAACGCCCAUCCGGCCGACUCCUCCUGGCUCCAUCUGUCCUCGCUUCUAGGCCUCGUGGCACUGACCCGCGGCCGUCCCCCUCUCCGUCCCAUACGGUUCCCACUUCCAGCGGGGAACUGCGGCCCCGGGGGGGAGGGGCGGACACCAGGCCCCUCCGGUGUGCCCGGCACCCUGCUCCCGCCCCGCCCGGCCCUCCGCCGCGGUCAGCCCACGCAGUCCGCCUCCCCGGCCCGGGGCCGCCCCACCCAGGACAGCGGGCGCCGCUGUCAGCGCCCCACGUGCCGCCCGGCCCCACGGCCACGCGUCCCCGGCCCGGCGAGGCGCCCUCGACCCCAUCCCAGGAGACCUGCCUUGCUAUUGACUCAGAGUCACAAGAAGAAGAAAACACAAUGUGUCCGAAAUAAAGUGCCUAAAGUGACUUCUGACUCAGGAUUUGCUCUCCCCAACCUACUCCUAAGAAAGUGUCAACACAAGCAGCUGACUCAGAUGGUGACCCACACUGUCCUUCUUCAACCCUUGUCAUCAGAUACCAGACUUCAAGAGGAAUCACCUGGAGGGCACUGGGUGAUCACUCUGAUAGGUUGUUACAUGAUACUGAGCAGAGUUCCCGGUGCUAAAAGGUCCCCGCACGUUUCUACAGACCCCUUGCUGAGAAAGGUCUGGUACAGGUCACCAUUUGGCAGGAGCAUGAGGGCGUGGGACCUGCUGGGCCAGCCCUUUCAGCUCCUGGUUGUCCCACCCAGGGUGUCACACCUGUUGACCUCACUGCCUGGACCCUAGAGGAAUAUGGCUCAACAGUGCUUCCAAAAUGAAUAUUUUGACAGAUUGCUGAAUGCUUGCAAACCGUGUCACCUUCGAUGCCCUAAUACCCCUCCUCUAAUAUGUCAGCGUUAUUGUAAUACAAUGAAAGGAACAAAUGCAAUUCUCUGGACCUGUUUGGGCCUCAGCUUGAUAGUUUCUUUGACAGUUUUCGUGUUGAUGUUCUUGCUCAGGAAGAUGAGCUCCGAGCCAUUAAAGGACGAAUUUAAAAACACAGGAUCGGCUCUCCAGAAGGAAGCUAAUGCAGACCUGUAUGAGAGCGACAAUGGCGGGACUGGUGCGGAAACUCUUCUUUCGAGAGGCCUUGGGUACACAGUGGAAGAAUGUACGUGUGAAGACUGUGUCAGGAGCAAACCAAAGGUCGAUUCUGACCAUUUCUUUCCACUCCCAGCCAUGGAGGAAGGUGCAACCAUUCUUGUCACCACGAAAACAAACGACUACUGCAACAGCCUGCUAGCUGCCUCCAGUGUCACGGGGACGGAGAAAUCAAUUUUCCCAGCUAAUUAACCAUUUCGAUGGUAUAGAGCUACUUGGAAAAUCUUUUGUCAGAAGAAAAGGAUGAUGUAUCAGAUCUUUUUAGGAUGAUUGUACUUAUCAGUGGAUGAUAUGGCUUUUUGUUCUCUAAUUCUGGAAAAUCUUUGUUAGGUAUAUUUUUCUACCUUACUGUUGGGAGCUUAGCUGUGGAAACUUCCUUGGU